AUGUCCUCCCUCUGUGUUCCGGUCGAACAACUCAGUCAACUGCGAGUGUCUAUCCGCGUGCUCAAGUCGGGUGGAUUCGCUAUCAGCUUCGAGCCGCAUACUGGCGGUCAACCGACAUUCGGUCAGAUCUGCCCUCCAUCGCCGUAUACCGUCCAAAUCGAAGCAGUAGAAGAUCACCAAGGACAUGUUCUGCAAGUCUGCAGUUUCCCCAACCGAACCGCGCUGCCAGGAUCAUCGACGCAAACAGCACAGGCGGACUCAUUGACAGCACAGCCAGCGCCGAUGCCCAGUGAGCAGAGAACCUACGCAAAUACCUCGGUCGGCAGCAGUAUUAACGCACUCGCUGGCCCGUCGACCCCUAUAGCCUCCAUGGCGCUCUGGAUGCAUCCGGACUUCCCGAUAUCGUCGCAGACCGGCGGUCAGGUCGCGGAUGGCAGCUCAGCCGUCUUCGUCGACUCAUCACACCCAACUCUGGGCCCGUCGUCCACGUCUACCCCUUCGACUCCGUCGGACUCCGAGUCGGAAACCUCGUUGGCGUCGGGGCGCCGCAAACGCACCUACUCCUGCCCCAAGUGCCCGCGGCGCUUCACGAGCGAGUACACGCUCAAAGUGCACCUCCGCGCGCACACGCCCAAGCAGACGAAGGCGAUACCAUGCAUGAUGGGCUGUCAGGAACACUUCUCGCGCCAGCAUGACCGCCUGCGCCAUGAGGUGACUAAGCAUGGGCGGGUCUGCGAGUGGGUCUGCGAGCAGUGUCGCAAGUUCUUCUCCUCAAAACGGACGCUGUCAAAUCAUAAUUGUAGAACUAGCGGAGGUUUCACGCGGUGGGAGAUCUAG